AUGGCGCAAGGAAAAUCCUUCCGCCAUUUACCUUCACCCCAUCCAGGGAGAACCCACGCUCUACCAUUCCCGUCGCUUCGGCCAUUCAGUUCAUCUCAGCGGACCCGACCGAUAGAGCGCUUGGUCUCCCUGGUGUUCGUUCGUCUCCUCGCCAAAGAGCCCGAUAUCCUGGUUAACGCCAACGAUUGCUUUCCAAGCAAAGCGUUCGGAAUGGUUUUUUUUCACACCAUAGCCAUAGCCAUUGAGAUUACUGACACGAGAAAAGGGCACACACACACUAUCAUUGUUCCCUCUCGAAUGCAGUCUCGCGUACAUUAUUCACCUGGGGAUUGGCUCAGGCAGUUGCGAAUGGCUUUCACGACAUGCUUAGUGGGGUACUAUGUGGUCUUGGCUUUGCCGCCGCUAUUUGACUAA